GGGAGAGUGGUGCCUGAAGUAGAGUGGAAGGGACACCCAGUUAUCUAUCUUUAUAGAUCAAAUUUAUGUAGUUGAAUGAUUCACCAUCCAUCCAUCCGCGCUUCCACUCGCGUAGAAGUAACAGGGCUCGGAGCUCGGUCGCGUACGUCGCCCAUGCCGUUGCGUGGCGAAUUCACUCUCUCCCCCUCCGCCCAUUCGCCCACCAUAUAGCCUAGCCGCCACCGCCACACCAUCACCCUCCCACUCCGUGGCGCCCGCCUGCCAAGAACCAGUAGUCUCUCUUGGUCAGUCCUACUGGUCCUUGACGUUCGUGGCCAGUCAGGUUAUGUUCUUGCCCCGGCGCCGGGUGUGGUGGUGAGGCCGAGUGAGUGGUCGGCGGCGUGCUCGUGCUCGUGCUUGACUGCUUGUACAUGAGGAGCGGCUGCGGCAGGGGAGGGAGGCAACCUGGGGAAGGAGGCGGGGGAGGCGCUGGGGCUGCUGGGCUGCGUCAAUGAGGUCGUGGCGGCGGUGGCGGCGACGUGGGGGCCCAUGACCGACGGCGCGCGCGUCGAGGCGGCGCCCAGGCUCGCGCAAUGGCGCGUCGAGGCGCUCCCCUGCUACACCUAUCGCAAGUCACUCCCCUUCCGCAUCGGCCUCUGGAACUGGUACCUGUCUGUGGAGAGAAAUAACAAGCAAACUUGUGUUAAGCUCUUUGCAGAGAAUCCAAAUUCUCCCAAGAACGGCCCCUCAGCCCCAAUAGCUUCCUUUAUCACCAAACUUCUCAUAUCUCUUCCACCUAAUCAACAGACCAUAGUCCACCCAGGGAUUUUCGACAAACAGCUGAAACACGACGGUUUUGUGUGGGCAAUCGAUAGCACUGUGACAGGGAGAUUUGUGAUUGAGAUAGAGUUUCUUGACCUGAAGGUCGCUGAUCCAUCUGGUGGCGAACCAGCCUCAAUCUGGGCCUCCCGCCAGAUCAAGCAGUGUUCAGACAGCACCGCUCUGUCCUCCCUGGCUCGGAUGCUGCACGAGGACAUCCUCACCGACAUCACCAUCAACGCGGCGGACGGCAGCGUGCGUGCGCACCGCGCCAUCCUGGCGACGCGGUCGCCGGUGUUCCGGAGCAUGUUCUCGCACGACCUCAGGGAGAAGGAGCUCUCCACCGUGGACAUCUCCGACAUGUCCCUGGACGCGUGCCGCGCCUUCCUCAGCUACAUCUACGGCGACGUGAGCGGCGAGGAGUUCCUGGCGAACCGGCUGGCGCUGCUCCGUGCCGCCGACAAGUACGACAUCGACGACCUCAGGGAGGCCUGCCACGAGAGCCUGCUGGAGGACAUCAACAUGGGCAACGUGCUGGAGCGGCUGCAGACGGCGCACCUGUACCAGCUGCCCAGGCUCAAGGGCGGCUGCCUUAGGUUCCUGGUGGACUUCAGGAAGGUGUACGAGAUGCACGACGACCUCAACGCGUUCCUGCAGACGGCCGACAGGGACCUCGUGGCCGAGGUGUUCCAUGGCGUCCUUGCUGCGUGGAGCGGCCGGUGAUCCAUGGGUGCAUCCGUGCAUGGCAUUGCAGUCUGCAGGUGUGUACAUCUGGUUGGUUUAGUUCAUACAGAUUGUUUGGAGGAUUCUUGCUGGAAAAGCGUGUAAAUAUAUUUGCAAACAGUACAUGCGUGCCAGUAGUUGGCCUAAAACAUACUGUGCACGCCUUGAUUGGAUUUUGUUCUUAUCAUGUGGAAAUCUAAUUCUUGUAACCUAUUGCUGGACUUGUAAUACAUCAGCUGAUAUGCUGCUUAUUGCAAAAGUUACUUGAGACUUCACUGAUAA